AUGCCAAAAGGUGUUUUUACCUUCAUUCGUCUUUUAGUGCUCUUACUCAGUUUCUCUACAAUGUGUCUGGGAGUCUUGUGCAUUUCCACAAGUUCCUCUACCUGCAGAUGUGGAAAAAAUGAGCUGGUGUUUUAUUGCCUGUUAGCAUUGGGGUUCUUUCUCCUUGUGGCUGGCAUUUUCUGGAGCACUUUCCACGAAGUCUUGAAAUACAGAGGCCUCAGCAGCAUCUUCAUUCUAAAUCCCAGCCUUAGAGAGCUGCGUGUCAGCACCAUAGACAGACCUGACUUCUAUCCACCCUCCUAUGAAUACAGCACAGAUCCUGAAAAACAGACCAGCCCAUUGCCAGUUGCCUCUGCUCUAAAACAGCAGAAAUUCUUAAAUAUCCCUCCGCCUCUGUAUAGUGAAAGCAGCGCAGAGUUCAUCAGUGAAACUAAUGAGCAGGAACAGCCACCACCAUAUGAAUUAUUUGCACAGCAGCUACAGCAGCAGCAAACAGCUGACCAAAAGCUGAACCUCGGAGGGGAAUCAAAUUCUCACCGAUCCACGCAAGAAAACAGUUACCAACAGGAUGCACACUGCUCAGAAAAAACGCCUGUCAAAACACCCGAGACAGGCAGUGGUCAAAAUCCUGCAUCUGUGAAGCACAGAAAACUGGAAGAAGACAUGCAUCAGUGA